CCGGAGUCGCUGGGCAUAUGGGAUGACUUUGGCUCCAGCAUCCUCCCAGGGAAACAACAAAUAGCCAAAAUGAUGCCUGGAGGCUUAUCCGAGGUCAAACCUGCCACUCCAGAAAUUCAGGAGAUGAUUAACAAGGUUAAAUCACAGAUUGAAGAAGAAACAAAUGAGAAGUUUGAAGAAUUUGAAGCUGAAGAGUAUAAAACUCAAGUAGUUGCUGGCAUUAAUUACUUUGUUAAGAUUAAAGUAGGUGGUAGUCGUUACAUUCACGCGAAGAUAUUCAAAGGUCUUCCUGGACAAAAUGAAGAGUUGGUGCUUUGUGGUGUCCAGACUAACAAAGCAAAGGACGACGAGCUGACUGGCUUCUAGCAGCACCUUCCAAACGCCAUCUGAGUCCUUCCAUUGGCUACCAGUUAAUGAUCCCUGCUAAUAAUUAUAGCCAUAAAUAAAGAUGCAUUUCUUUUCAAAUGAA